GAACUGUUGUUUGCUCGAGAUGAAGGUUUCGUAUUGAGCCCGAGAGGCUGCUCGUGAUAAGAGGGGAAGAUGCUCUGGAGCUUCUGGUUCUUCUACUAGGAGCAACGAAGAGCCUACUCCAAAGAGUAGCAAGAAUGCUGUCCUUGAGGCGGGUGGGAGCCGGGCUGCGAAGGUUGUCAGUGCGGAGGUUUCUUGCGUAACUGAUGUGGCUGCCAGCAGAGAUCGAGGGGCUAAGGCAGCUUCCGGGAAGCCUCCACGAGCUCCUAGCUCCAAGAUUUUUGUAAGCAAGGCGGAAGAGUUGAAGAGGAAGGUAUUUAUCCUAGUGGUUAUUCUUUUCCUAUUGCUAAGGAGGGUAUGGGUAGUGACGCUUUUAUGACUGUGCCCUGGUAUUUGGGUCGUCGUGCGGGAGCCAUUGAUUUGUAUCUUGAUCAGUUUGGCUCUCUGCGUGCAGAGCCGGAUAGCGUUGGCUCCGUGAUCAUCAACCUUCAUAAGAGGUCGAGCGAUUCUCUUCGAAUGGUGAACCAGCUCGAUGAUGACAGUGACGAGGAGUCACCGGUGGUUUCUCCGAAGGUGGGACCGUGGGUGACCUGCGCAGGAAGCCUCGGCGAAGAUGCUAAGAAGGAGGUGGUUGAUCCCAUGGGGACAGUUCCUAUUAUUCAAGCUGAAGAGACGGGAGAUGCCUAAGCUUUGAAGGAGCCAAGGGCAUCCCCACCGGGCGACGAGGACGGGGAGCGUCGAGAGGUCCGUGAGGCAGCGACAGCUCCUGCGACCAGAGUUUCCAGCAGAUUUUCUGAACUAGGUGCUUUUUUGAUCCCUCGCCGCCUUGUGUUUCAGGGGCCUGAUAUUGACCCGUACCUUCGGUGUGCCCUUGAAGUAGAUGUUGCGAGAUUGGUCUCCGAACUUGGAGAUAUGAUGGGAGUGGGUUCGGCUAGCGCUGGGACUUCCGCCCAUGGGGAACUUGGGGCACAGCCGACGACCCUCCCUGAAGAUGUGGAGAGUUUUGAUUCCGAAGGUUUUGUGAAGAGUUUGGGGGUUUAUGGCACUGAAAACCUGGGGAUAAUUACUGCGUCUUUGUGCUUAAAGGCUCUCUUGGCUAGCCGAGUGACUGUGCAAGGCUCCAAGAAGGAUGAAGUCAAAUUUCUUGCUAUGUCUUCCGACAACCUUCGGCUGACGGAAGAGAGCCUGAGGUUGAAGAAAGAAAACAAGGCUUUGGGGAAUCUUCGCAGCUCAGAACUAAGUGUUGACUGAGAAGGUUGCCGAGCAGGAGGACGUUAUCCAAAAGAAGCAAGAUAAUAUUGACUUGAAUGAAGGUGUGUUGGAGAACCUUUGAGGCACCAUUGAUCGCAAUAGCUAGAGGAUUUUGAAGCUUGAGGUUCGUCAACUUAAGGUUGAUGUCCAGAAGAACGAGCUUAUCUCGAAGUUGGAGAAAGAGGCUGAAGAAGACCGUGUGAUGUGGGAUACGGCUUCACGGGAAAUUGUUGCUAAGAGUG